GCUGCCUUUCUGCUGCCGCGGAGCCGAGCCUUUUCAAGUCGCAGGGAGUGGGUGCUCUGAUGUCUGUCUUAGGGGAUUUCUGCGGCAGACUCAGCCGCCAGCAGUGAAACCAAAACCCCACCUCCUCCUCCCUGCCUCUUCCCCCUCGCUUCUGGUCUUGGCAAUGGUACAGGCAACGUAGGGAGGUGGGGGGAAAGCCCCUUUGAGAGCUGCGCCUCCCCCCCCUCGCUGAUAAACCACUUGGUACGCUCUGCCUGAAGUCCCAGCCAGCCCUUCCCAAGCCAGAGCUGGAAGGGAGACGGGCGGGCAGGCAGGCUGAGUUCGUCUGGCGGCCAGAGCAGCCCCAGAGUUGGACCACUCCUUGGGAAGAUGAGAAGACUGCUGGGAGCUGCGGAAGGACCUCGCCUCUGACCUGCUUCGAGGGGCGGUUCAGGGGGAUCCCCGGGACGGAGACUGAUUCACUGCUUGGGCUGUCAUCCUCUCUGAAGGCGAUGUCAGGACCUGAAGCUCACAGCCACGGCAGGAGGCUGCCCUCCGACAUGGACAAAGGGCCGCGAGGGCUGGAUGCAGAGCAGAUGCAGCAACAGCAGCUCAAGCUAAGGGAGAGGCAGAGAUUCUUUGAGGAGGUUUUCCAACAUGACGUAGAUUUCUUCUUCCCAGUAUCACAUCUGCAGAUAGAGCACAGGAGACCUCCCUUAGGCAGCAUUUCCUCCAUGGAGGUGAAUGUGGACAUGCUGGAACAGAUGGACAUGAUGGACCUUUCCGACCAAGACACUGUGGACGUGUUUCUCAGCUGCGGGGCGGAGGACAAUAACAACGUAGCUGCUCUUUUGCCAGAUUCCAACCGUUACGAGGAGGAAAUUUCUUUGCAAGUGCCCAACUCAACUGAAAUCAAAUCCCGGAUCUCGUCCACGUCCUCUGCCUCUACAGACCUGAACAGCCUAGACACAAGUGAGGAAGGGGCCGAGACCCCUGUGGUGCAGUCAGAUGAAGAAGAGCUGCAGCAGGAUGGCCCCGAGGAGCAGGAGAGCAGCAGCUAGCGGUGUGUGUGCGUGCGCUUGUGUGUAUGUUGCCAAUCCACCGCAUUGACUCUGCCAGCUGACGUGAUGAUGAAGGAAUUUGGCUGUCUGGCUCCGUGACUAAACCUCACAGCGGUUCCCUAUCUCAUUUCUUGUACUUGGGGAGAAUUAGGAAUAAGCCUUCUCCCUGCAAGAUGGUCAAUGCAUGGAGAAGGUAAAGAGCAUAGGGAGAAAGGGGUGAGGCAAAGGGACUGUAGUUUUGUUUUUUUUAACUAACUCUCCAGCCUUUUACAGCUAAUGUUCUUGGUUCACUCACCCUGACUACUCAAGUUAGCCAUGACCUUGGCUGCAAUUAUUUCAGGCAAGGCAUUUGUGCAGGCUUAGAGUCUUUCCGAUUCCAGCACAUCACAUACACACAACAAAUGUCUUAGUUGUAACAUAAAAGAAAAUUAUAUUCCUUUCAAACAAGCAGAUGGUCAUGUAUGAUCUAGUUGAGACCCCUACAUAGCUGGGGUUGGGCUAGAUGACUCUCGAGGUCCCUUCUAACUGCAAUUCUGAGUCUACAACUGGGAGGAUGUGCAUUAUUGGG